AUGGGAAAAGGAGCUGCCGAUUUGCUAUUUGCUAUUUCUAUGGAGCAAACCACCAAACCCCUGUAUACCAAGCGACUACCAACCGUGGAUAGCAAUAAUGCAUCGUAUUAUCCUGCUCAUCGUAAAGCUGUCAAGCCACAUCACACUGAACUAGAACCUCCACUACGGGUCACGGCUCUAACCUACACUGGAUUUAUCAUCUUGGCUUGCAUUGGAAUAAUUCGCAACGCGUGUCAGCAGCUCGCUCAUUUUGUCAGACAUUAUAUUCUUGGCUAUAUCUCGAACGAUGCCCUUAAACCUGGUUAUGCUCCCCUGAACGAAGGCUUCGAGGUCUUUUUCCGUGCUCAAUUCUAUCGUUUCAUCAAGGACUGCUUCCAUCGUCCAAUCACUGGUGUGCCAGGGUCCCAUCUAACCAUUCUGGAACGCGUCAGUGACGACUAUAACAAGACAUUCACACUGACUGGCCGAACUCAAACAGUGUUAAACUUGAGCUCUUACAACUAUCUUGGUUUUGCUCAAUCUCACGGGCCAUGUGCUGACGCUGUCGAAGAAGCUUUGGAAAAGUUUGGAAUGACCACGUCAUCACCUCGAAUGGAAGCUGGUAGCACCACUCUCCACACGGAUGUUGAACGACUCGUUGCUCGAUAUAUUGGUCAAGAAGACGCAGUGGUACUCUCGAUGGGGUUUGCCACAAACUCAACCACCUUGCCAGCUAUCGUUGAACAGGGUAGUCUCGUCAUCUCCGACGCACUGAAUCAUGCCUCGUUGGUCUACGGUUGUCGUAUCUCUGGUGCAUCCAUCAAGUCGUUUAAACAUAAUGAUAUGAACUCUCUGGAAAAAGUCCUUCGAGAUGCUAUCGCUAAUGGUCAAGGCGGCAAGAAUAGUAGCUUGUACAUUCCCUGGAAGAAGAUUUUGGUUGUCGUUGAAGGAUUGUACUCGAUGGAAGGAACGAUCUGCCCUCUACCUCAGAUUUUGGAAUUGAAACGUAAAUACAAAUUCUUUUUGUACAUUGAUGAGGCUCACUCUAUUGGUGCCAUUGGACCUAAAGGACGUGGUGUCUGCGACUUUUACGGUGUUAACCCCCGUGAAGUAGACAUUCUUAUGGGUACCUUUACCAAAGCAUUCAGCGCCGCUGGAGGCUAUAUAUCCGGUAGUCGGGACUUGAUUAAUCGAAUUCGUCUAUACAACCACUCUUCCAUUUUUGCUGAAUCUAUGUCUAUACCCGUAUUGCAACAAAUCUAUACCUCGAUGACCAUCAUAAUGGGAGAAGAUGGUACUAGUGAUGGACGACGUCGUAUUGAGCACUUGGCUAAACUUACUCGUCGAUUCCGUGAUGGACUUAAGGGUCACGGUUUCCUUGUAAUGGGGGAUGAUAACUCGCCGGUAGUUCCCGUCUUGCUUUGCCAACCUUGUAAGAUUGGACCAUUUAGUUACGAGAUGCUGGAGAGGGGUGUUGCUGUGGUCAUCGCCGGCUUUCCCGCGACUCCAGUCACGGAAAGUCGGGCUAGAUUUUGUCUCAGUAGCUCUCAUACCAUGGAAGAUAUUGAUAUGGCCUUGGCUGCUAUCUCAGAAGUUGGCGACAAGUUGGACUUGAAAUACCUUGCCUAA